AUGAAGCCUGGUGGACGAUGUCCAGUUUAUGCAAUAGAAUAUGUUGAUGAUCAAAAUAUCAAAAGAACCAUUGACUGUUAUGAUGACGAUGGAGAGAGUAAAGGCCUAUUGAAAUUAGCAGAAGAAUUGAAUAUUCAUGUACCACAAAAUUGUAAAUUAGUUGAGUUAAAACAGAUCGUGUCUGAACAUUCAGCCUUUAAAAAUGUUAGCAAACUAGAAAAGCUUGGAGCCAAAUAUGGUGUCAAAAUUAUUUUUGCACCGAAAUUUCACUGUGAAACCAAUCCUAUUGAAGGUUUCUGGUGUCAUUCAAAACAGUUUAUCAGAAAAAACACCGAUCAAACUUUUCAAGCAUUGGUUUCAUUAAUGGAAGAAGCAAAAGAAAACUUUACAGAAAGACAUAUUCAUUUGAAACUAUUUAGACGCUUUUGGAAAACGAUCAAAGCUUACAGUGAAGGAAAAGAUUAUUUAGAAGUAUUGGCAACUUUUUUCAGUGGUUUAUGUAAACAUAAAAUUCUAACUCAUCGUAAAAUUACGAAUGCUAAUAUCGAUGAUUAA